CCGUCCCUCUGUGAGCCAUGUUAUUGUUUUCCUCUGUAUUUUCUGUUAGCAGAGAGGCUAACUUCAGAUUGGAUUUUUCAAAAAUGUAUCCCUUGCAGUGCCACAACUGAAAGGAGUCUUUCAGGAUGAAUGACAUGAACCUUAGCCCUGUGGGCAUGGACCAACUCAGUGUACCAUCUGUCAGUGCCAGUCAUCUAGGCCUUCCUACCUCACCUACUCACAACCCCAUUGCCACUCCAGGCAUGCCAGUUGCCAUACCAAGCUUGGGUCCAUCUCUCGGACCACUGCCCUCUGCCCUGUCCCUCAUGCUACCCAUGGGUCCAUUAGGAGACAGAGGAGUGAUGUGUGGCCUUCCAGAGAGGAACUAUACACUACCGCCUCCCCCGUAUCCACACCUCGAGAGCAGCUAUUUUCGACACAUCCUUCCAGGAAUUCUGUCGUAUCUGGCAGAUCGUCCUCCACCACAGUACAUUCACCCCAGCAGCCUUAACAUGGAUGGGACUCUUUCUGUACCUAAUAAUAAUCCCUCUGGCCUGGACCCUUACAGCGGCCAGGUCGGGCCUUUGGAGCAAGCGAUGGUGUCUAUAGACUCGCGGCAGGUUGGGGGCCAGGCUGAUCUCCACCAGGGAGGAGGUCACGAAGUACAGCUGGACACCACUGGACUCUCUAUGGAGUCACGGGUCAACAGCCCCAUGUCUCCUGACGGGAUGGGAGAGGAGCUGGGCAGCAUCGACGGUGUGGUGGUGGCGGAGACCCAGCAGCAGUUAGGGGCCCGGACUCAGACCCACGAGGGCCUGGGUGGAGUGGACGCGUCGGGGGGAGUCAUGCCUCUGCACGGCUCUGAGCUGGAGCUGCCGGUCGUGAUGGAACAGGAGCAUAUGAGCGGACGGGUGGGGAACGGCUCGGCUGCGUCCGGAGGUCCGGGGACUCUGAGUGAAGCUUUGCACUCUAGUGGAGAGCUGAACUCGGGGGUGGUUAGCGUGGUGCUCACCGGAGCCAUGGCUCAGCAGACUCAGCUGGAUUCACUGCACGGAGCUUCAGGCAUGGUGCUGGAGCCCGUGAAUGUGUCCCCCAUCACUGCGGAGGUUUCUCUGGGGCCUGAUAACAGUUUGGUGCUGGUUAAUUCAACCCUACAACUGGAGGACUCAACUUCUAAUAAGGAGAACAUAGCUACUGUGUUUACUAUCUGGUGCACUUUAUGUGAGAGAUCUUACAGCUCAGACUGUCCUGAGCAUGGACCCGUCACCUUUAUCCCAGACACGCCCAUUCAGAGCAGGGCCCGCCUUUCUUUACCCCGCCCGCUGUGCCUUCGAGUAUCUGUGGCUGAUGAGCCCAGUGGUGUCUUUGCACGAGAGACCAUCCCUACCAGGACUUGCUUUGGACCAAUGGUUGGGCAGCACUGUAGCAGUGUGGAACUCACAGACUGGUCUGAUAAGGACACGCCUCAGCUGUGGAAGAUGUUCCACAAUGACCUCCUGGAGUUUUGUAUAUUAACAACAGAUGAACACGAAUGCAACUGGAUGAUGUUUGUGAGAAAAGCAAGGAGCUCAGAGGAGCAGAAUCUGGUGGCAUAUAUUGAUAAUGGGAAGCUUUAUUUCUGCACCUCCAGAGAGAUUCUCCCAGAGCAGGAGCUGCUGUUCUAUUACAGCAGAGAUUACAGUCGACAGCUCGGUGUUCCCCAGGUGCCAGAGGGUCAGAUUUGUCACUGUGGAAAAGAAUGUGCCUCCUUCUCCGAGCUGAAAUCUCACCUCAGCAGCCACGCCCGCAGUCAGAGCCCCGCCCACGAGGACCCAAACCGCACUGUCCACAGCCAGACUCACUCUCAGGAGAAGCUCUCCAGUGAAGCCCCCAGCCCCACCUCCUCCCCGUCCUGGCAGUGCCACUCCCACAGUGAUGGGCAGGCCAGCAGCAACGGGCACCGCCACGGCAGAGAGAGGAAGUUCAAGUGCACCAUGUGUUCACGAGCGUUCACCACGUCCACCAAGCUGAACGUGCACUUUAUGGGACACAUGGGGGUGAGACCACACAAAUGCAGCUACUGCAGCAAGGCGUUCAGUGACCCGAGCAACCUGAGGAUGCACCUGAGAAUCCACACAGGUCAGAAGAAUUUCAGGUGCACUGUGUGUGGGAAGUCUUUCACUCAGAAAGCUCAUGUGGAGUCUCAUAUGGUAAUUCACACGGGUGGCAAGAAUAUCAAGUGUGAUCACUGUGACAAGACCUUCAACAGGAAACAGGACCUUAAGCAGCACAUGUAUUCACAUUCACUAGACCGCCAGAUCACCUGCCCGAAGUGCGACAAGCAGUUCCUCAAGACCGAUCACCUGAAGAAGCACCUGAACUCCCAUGACGGGAAACGGGACUUCAUCUGUGAGAAAUGCAACAAGGGCUUUCUUACAAAAUACCACCUCACGCGCCACCUUAAAAUCUGCAAGGGCCCGAAGACUGGCAGAGGACUUUCCCACGAGGAGGAAGGAGAGGAGGAUGAGGAGGAUGAAGAGGAGGAGGCGGAGGAGGAGGAGGAAGAGGAGGAAGAAGAAAGAAGUACCAGGGGACCAGAUGAUCAGGAACACUGUGGCAUUGGAAUGGCGAGUUACUCCGCUGACAAGACCCUGUAACCUUUUACUGUGAUUCACCUUGUGUCUUAUAUUUAUUUAUUUAACCCUUUUUCUUUCUGUUUCAUCUUUGAUUUCAUGAUGUUGCCAAAAUUCAUGUUACUGGUGUGUGAUGAUACUCAUCCUACUUCGAAUUGUAAAGUUUCAGAAAGAUAAAAUCUUCUUUGCCACAAAUUAAGCUAAAAGAAAACAAUGUAUGAUGAUAAUAAUGGUAAUAAAUAGUUAACCCAUAAGAGCCCAUUGUGAUAUAUAUGUGUCACAGACCCUUUAAAAUCUGCUUAAAAUUCCUUACAUAACUCUUUCUGUCACUCAUGUUAAAGUAUCUAAGGAGAGCUUUAGGGAUAGUGCUGGAGAUAAAACUAAAAUAACUCCUUUUUAAAAAAGUGUAUUUUAGCUUCUACAGCUCUUUUCCAACCAUUUAACCAUUCAAAUGCUAGAUAGCUACCAAUUAAAUGUUUUAGCUAUGUUCUAUACACCUAAUUCUGACCUGAUUUUUUUAGAACAAACUGUUAAACACAGUUUAGAAAAUAAGUGUGGCAUUUAUGUUACAUUAGGACUUCAACCUUAAAAUAUUAUGCUUAUAAAAUAUUAAUAUUGUGCUUCAUCACAAUAAGAAAACAUGAAUGAGCUGCUCUCUAAAUUAAUCUGAUUCAGUUUUGAAUUUGGCAUCAAUAUUCCGAAGUAGGUCUGGGCUCUUAUGGGUUAAAAUCAACACAUUAUGAUACUCAAAUAAGUAUAAAUAGUCUGAAGUUCUGGGAACCAAUGAACAUACUGCCUGCUUAUCAUACUAAUGUUGUUUUACUUUAUAUAUUGAGUACUAAAAGAUGAAUUCACCAAGUACCUCUGUACUACUUUGCCUUGGUUGUUAUUUAUUUGUUGCAUUAUUUUCUGUCAGACGAGGCGUGUUAUAGAAUUAUGUAAUUUAUUUUAUAAAUAAAAUCAAUUCUAUAACUCAUGG